AUGGAUAAUGUCACAUCUGAGUUUCUUCUCUGGGAAUUCUCAAAAAAUUGGGAGCUAGUUUUACUACUGAUAUUGUAUUCAACAACGAUAACAGGGAACAUUUUCAUCAUCACUGCUGUUAUUUUUGACACACACCUUCACACACCCAUGUACUUCUUCCUGAUGAAUUUAGCCAUGCAAGAUAUUGGUUUAGUUUCAGCCAUUGUACCCAAAGCUGUUUUUAAUUCUAUUAUAAAUAUAAGAACUAUUUCUCAUUCUGGAUGUGUUGCCCAAGUUAUGUUUUUCUUCUUCUUCAUGACCUGUGAUGUAUCCCUCCUUACUUUGAUGGGUUAUGAUCGGUACAUUGCCAUUUGUAACCCUUUACAUUAUGAAAUGAUAAUGAACAGGAAGACCUGUACCAAAAUGAUUGGAGGUGUAUGGACAGCCAGCCUUCUCAAUGCUUCAUUACACACUAUUUUCACUUUUAUGACUCCUUUCUGUUCAAAUAUUAUUGAUCAAUUCUACUGUGAAAUCCCCUAUUUACUUAAAAUUGCCUGUCCUGGCUUAUAUGUAUCUGAAACUGGAGUUAUAAUCUUCAGUUCUAUAUUAACACUGGGUUGCUUUAUUUUUGUCCUUGUGACUUAUGUGCAUGUCUUCUCUUCUGUUCUCAGAAUUCCUUCAGUUCAAGGAAGGAAAAAGGCCUUCACUACUUGCUUACCACAUUUGGUUGUUUUCUCCAUAUUUAUGUUUACUGGUUGUUUUGCCUAUCUAAAGUCCAUAUCUGACAGUCCAACCCAUCUCAACUUCAUAAUUACCAUUAUGUAUUCCAUUAUUCCAUCCAUGAUGAAUCCAUUCAUCUACUGCAUGAGAAACAAGGACAUCAAAGUUGCUUUUUCAAGACUUUUUGAUCAGAUGUCAUUUCAUUUUUUUAAAGUGUGA